ACCGGAAGCCUUCCUGGGAGAGGUGAGCCUAGAGCCCGAGUCCAGGGCAGUGAGAGCGGACCUGCAACCAGGGUACCCCCUUCAAAGGACCGCGCGCGGGACAGCAGUCUCUUGGGGCCACCAGGUCGAGACAAAGGCUGAUGGAGGUUAGGAAGAUCACUGACCCAAAGCCGUGGGAUGAUGGGCUUGCACGCGGAGGAACGCACGCCGUUUUCCUAAAAGUAAGUUAGGUAGGUACAGGAAAGAGGCAAAGUAGGAGGAACAGUCACGAAGCAAAACGCGAACUUACCCGGCGCCCGGCAACCCGGCCUCCGUAGCCCGACUACAAGCGCCACCACCAGAGGAGCCUGGUAGCCAAGGCAGCGGCAGGCUCGACCCAGAGAUCGCGAGAUAGAGCAGGCCUCGCGAGAUCUGGCUUCUUGCCCCUGACAGGCGGGAGUUCUGUUCCGGGGCUAUGGGAGGGCUCUGGCGUCUAGGAUGGAGCCGCGUCGCUUUCUGCGGCUGGCCCUGGAGCCACCUUGGGGCCCCGACCAGGGCCGCGGAGAGGAUAGAGCCGUAUCUCGGGCACGGCAGGAGCGGCACAGGAGGUGCUGAGAGGGGACUAAGGAGGUUGGGGACAUGGAGGCGUCCAAGCCUGGCAGUGCAGCCGCUCCGGCGGCCGAAGAGUACGAACCCCUUCACGCGCGAGCAGGAGGAGGAUUGGCGGCGGCGGAACAAGACGGUCCUCACGUACGUGGCCGCUGCGGCCGUGGGCAUGCUGGGGGCGUCCUACGCCGCCGUGCCCCUUUACCGGCUCUAUUGCCAGACUACUGGACUUGGAGGAUCAGCAGUAGCAGGUCAUGCAUCAGACCAGAUUGAAAACAUGGUACCUGUUAAGGAUCGCAUCAUUAAAGUCACCUUUAAUGCAGAUGUGCAUGCAAGUCUCCAGUGGAACUUCAGACCUCAGCAAACAGAAAUAUACGUGGUGCCAGGAGAGACUGCACUGGCGUUUUAUAAAGCUAAGAAUCCUACUGACAAACCAGUAAUUGGAAUUUCUACAUACAAUGUUGUACCAUUUGAAGCUGGACAGUAUUUCAAUAAAAUACAGUGCUUCUGUUUUGAAGAGCAAAGGCUUAAUCCACAAGAGGAAGUAGAUAUGCCAGUGUUUUUCUACAUUGAUCCUGAAUUUGCUGAAGAUCCAAGAAUGGUGAAUGUUGAUCUCAUCACUCUUUCUUAUACUUUUUUUGAAGCCAAAGAGGGGCAGAAGUUGCCGGUCCCAGGCUAUAAUUGAAGUCAGCAACUAAGUCCUGCUUCAGAUUUGUGAUUUUUGAAAAAUCAUGUAUCUUGUCUUCUCAGAAGAGAAAUAUUUACAAUAACGUGAAGCCUCCUAUUUUAAAUAUUAUGUACCAAUGGUUCUUUUUCUCCCAACUUAUUUACCCUACAUUAGAAUGUACGACUAUUUGAAACCAUACCUGGAAUUUAAGUAGUAUUAAAAGACACUGCUUUGUUUCUUAAAUACAGUCACUAUUUUAAAAGCUCGAAAUGGAAGAAGACUCUCUAAGCCCUAAUAGCUUGCUCAAAGAUUGCAUUCUGAUUUCAAAUUUGACUAUAUCCUUUAAGAUCUACAGUUAUUUUAUAUUUAGAGUACUAAAUAAUUACUUUGAAAUUUUGGUACCAUGACAUUUAAAUAAAAUGAUUAAUUUAUAUACUAGGCUUUUAGCAUUUCUUGUGAAGUUCCAAGUUCCCAAAUGCUAAAAUAUAAGUAUAGGAUUGUGAAAGUUUACUGACAUCAAAAGUUCUCUGAAAAAAGAUGUAUUAAACUGUUUUAAUAGUAAUUUAUUUUGGUUUGUAAUUAUGAUAUAAAUGAAUGCAUAAUUUAUUCUGCAUGUUUUCCAGUAGUCUUUCUUCCAAAAAGAAGAAAAAAGAACAUUUAGUAUUAUAAAGAAUUAUGCUUAAAGGCAAUGCAAUGUAGAAUCCAUUGACCUCUUCAGGGUACCUGAAAUAUAAUUAAGCUAAAAUCAUCAAGGCUUUUAUAAUUCAUAAUUCUAAACAAGAGUAUUAUUUAUAAAGAAGUGCAAAUUGACUUUUACAUUCAACUUUAGCUAAAUGAAGGCACUCAUUAUUCUUCCUGAAUAAUGUAUUUAAUUUUUCACAUUUCAUGCUUUCAUUUAUAAACAAUUAUUUUGUAAUAAAAAUCAUCCUCAUCUUCUCUUAUCCCAGCUCUUGUGAUGACCUCUAAAUGUAGGAAGGCCUGUGAAACAUAAGCUGCUACACCUAAUUAACCUGGUUGGCUUCAGUGCCAUGAAUUUUUCUUCUUAAUUCUUAAGUGAAUUUAUGUUACAACCAAGUUCUUUUGAGAUAAAGCCUGAGCUCCUGUGGGGUCAUAACUGUUAACUCUGGAACUGUUACUCUUCUGUUUAAACUUUGUUACUGUGGAGGAGAAAUUUCCACCAUGGUUUUGAUGUGUUGGAAGGUCUUAACUUCGGGUCUCAAAGCUGGACAGGGUCUCCGUUUUAGAGAAUUGGCACCAGAAAUGCAGCUAGUGAGCUGGUCAUCCACUUGCAUCUGGAAUAAAAAGAAAAGUAAACCACCUCCACCCUUUCCUCUCUUUCCCCAUUCCUUGAUAACUGAGAGCCACAGUCUAAUAGAGGAAAGGUAGGAAUGUACUACUUCCAUGGUGAAGGUAUGAAGGGAAUAAAUGAGGUGAAUAGGUUAUGUGCAUUUAUUAGUAAAUAAAUGGGAUGAUUGGUAAAGCAAGAGAAUCCAGACCUAUCUAGACUAAUAAUGGGUUCUACUAGACCCAUUUAACAAGUAUUAACUGCAACUUUGAUUCUAGUGCUAAGUUUUACUGAUCAUCUGUUUUUGUUAGCAAUAUUUCUAUACCAGGACUUUGAUUCCCAAGAGUCAUAAUUUUUAGCUAACACAGUCACAAAGUAUUUCAUUAGUGAACAAUAGUUCAUUAUAAUUUGAGUGAUUCAGAGGAAUUUGUGUAAUAUUAUUUUACUCAUCAAAGUGUCAGACUGAGAUGGCCCUUACAAUGUAAAUGCUAACUGUAGAAAGUGAUGGUUACACUGCAGUCAUGUGCAAUGUAAGUUGUGUAAAAGUGAAGUCUUUACCUCAACAGUUA